AUGUCUUUCUCUACUGUCUUCCGUCGUGCCGCCGUCGCCCCGGCUUUCUCUGCCCGAGCUUUCAGCACCACCACUGCUCGACCUCUGGCCAAGAUCACCAUUGUUGGAAACCUUGCCGACACCCCAGAGGUUCACCCCACCAGCACCGGCCGCGAAAUCGUCCGCUACGCUGUCGCUAGCAACAGCGGUUCCCGUGAAAACCGCAAGACGAGCUGGUUCAAGGUCACCAGCUUCGCCGAGGGUCCUUCCCGAGAUUACCUCAUGAGCCUUCCCAAGGGUGCUACCGUCUACGUCGAGGGCGACGCUACUCUCAACGCUUACACUGACGCCAACGGCCAGAACCGCACAAGCUUCAGCGUUGUCCAGCGCCAAAUCGAGGUUCUUCGACGUCCCCAAGCUCCCGAGCAGGGCGAGUAA